ACCGGGACUGACCCAAAAAAAGGAGCAGCAGCAGUGGAGAGAGGGGGGAGAAGAGCCUUUUACAGGGAGAGGGAUGGCUUCUUUUUUCCCCCUUGCUCCUCUUUUGCCCUUUCUCUCUCCUAGGUCGGUAUGGUGUUUCCUUGAUUUACCCUCUUUAGCUCUUCCCAAUUCUUCAUAGCAUCGCUCCUUUCUAAUCUUGGGUCCCCGUUUCCUUGCUCAAUUAUUGAGGCUAAUCGCUAGAUUGUUGAGGGAUCUCGUGGGAGUUGUCUUGAGGGGUCUCCUGCAUCUUCUUCGUCUUUCAUCAUCUUCUUCCUUCGUCAUUUUCCUUGCUUUGUUUUUAUGGUCUUGGGGUUGAUGAUUUGACCCUUUUGAAGCUUGUGGAGGAAGUGAAAGGGAAUUGAUUGCUUGUUUUUUGAUGCGUAUUAUGAUGGGAAUGAGUCUUUUGACCGCAGAAAGAGAUUGAGUAGAUAAAGCAGUUGGAAAAAAAAGCGAAGUGCAGAGGGGGGUUUACACAACAAAGAGAGUAUUUUUUUUUUGCCUCAUCCUUUCCUUUUGGUUGUUGCUUGUGGUGGUAGUCAAUGAGUGGAGAGGAACUAGGGGGCUUCCAUUUUCUCGCUUCCUCUCGCUCUACAUAUCUGAUUUGCGACCUGGAUGCAAUGUGCCCCCUGGGGUGGUUGCAGUUACUGUGAUUCUGACGGGGCUUUGGUGGGUUUCUUUGUUUUUGGUUGGGUUUCCUUGGAGAGGGUUUCGAAAUGCCUAUGUUCCAGCCCUCGAAACGGGAGGGGCUUGCUGGAUAUGAAGAUGGGCAGGUUCUAGAUCUAGAUACUGCGGUCAAAGAUGGGGUUUUGGGCGGUUUGGGCAGCGGCGGAGUCCCCGGGGGCGGAGCCGGGGAGAAACUGGAUCUGAAGAAAAUGAUUGAGGAGCUGGAUUUGUCUGAAGUGCCUUCCGUGUUCAUUUGCCCGAUUUCGCUCGAGCCGAUGCAAGACCCAGUGACCCUGUGCACUGGCCAAACCUACGAGAGGUCCAACAUCCUCAAAUGGUUCAGCCUGGGGCACCUCACUUGCCCCACCACAAUGCAAGAGCUGUGGGAAGAUUCCGUCACUCCGAAUAAGACCCUUUACCAUCUGAUACACACCUGGUUUUCCCAUAAGUACUUGCUCAUGAAGAAGAGAUCCGAGGAUGUGCAGGGUCGUGCGUCGGAGCUAGUCGAGACCUUGAAGAAGGUGAAGGGUCAAGCCAGAGUCCAGGCCCUGAAGGAGCUCAGACAAGUGGUGGCGUCUCAUGCCACGGCCAGGAAGGCCGUCGUGGACGGGGGUGGGGUGGCAGUGGUCUCCGGCCUUUUGGGUCGGUUCACUUCCCACGCGGUGGGUUCCGAAGCUAUUGCGAUUCUUGUCAACUUGUCUCUUGAUUCGGAAUCGAGAACAAACCUUAUGCAGCCCGCGAAGAUCUCAUUGGUGGUGGACAUGCUAAAUGAGGGGUCGAUGGAGACGAAGAUCAACUGUACCCGAUUGAUCGAAACGCUGAUGGAGGAGAAGGAUUUUCGAUCAGAAAUCGUCUCGAGCCAUAGUUUGUUGGUGGGUUUAAUGAGACUGGUGAAGGAGAAGAGGUAUGCCAACGGAACUUUGCCUGGGCUUAGACUCCUCAGGACCAUAUGCUUGCACAAGCAAGUGCGGAGCUUGUUUGUGAGUGUUGGGGCUGUGCCCCAAUUGGUCGAUUUGCUGCCCAAUUUGGAUUCCGAAUGCUUGGAAUUAGCUCUUUUCAUAUUGGAAACGCUGUCCUCAUUGCCGGAAGGACAAUUGGCCCUUAAGGAUUGCCAAAGCACGAUCCCAAGUAUGGUCAGAUUGCUAAUGAGAGUCUCUGAGAUGUGUACGCAGUAUGCAUUGUCGAUCCUGUGGGCUGUGUGCAGCCUCGCUCCCCAAGAAUGCUCAUCCGUUGCUGUCGAUGCGGGCCUUGCUGCAAAGCUCCUCCUUGUGAUCCAGAGCGGGUGUGAUCCCGUCCUAAAGCAACGGUCGUCCGAACUUUUGAAGCUCUGUAGUCUGAAUUAUUCGGACACGAUCUUCAUUUCCAAGUGUAAGCUCACGAGAACGAUUCAAUAACCAGAAGAUUGGGGAGAAAAUUGUUUCCUUGAUGUGAUGAUCGACACGACCAGAUUUUCAGGGGCAAGAGGUGUAAAGGGUUGGGCACGUUCGACCUACUUCUAGUGGACUUCCAAGGUAAUCGGGGUUUAUUUGGAGGGAGAAACGAACGUGAACAUCGCCUGUAAAUAUCAAGGGUGUCGUCUAUACCCACAGUUUGAUUUGAUGGAAGUUGAAGGUUCAUAAAUUCAAAGAUCGCCGCGCGCCAUUGUUUCUUAAUAAACCCCAGUCAUGAAGAGCAGCGGAUCCGCUCGCUCUGGGAUGUAAACUAAUAGCAGGGGUGGGGGUCAUCUGUGAGAAAGUAUGCUGCUGCUUUAUUUUUCGGAAGGAAGGAAAUUGCUUGUUCUGGAGGGAGGAUAGAUGAUAGUUUUGCUUUGGUUGGUUGGCUGAUUGGAGAGCUUAAAUUUGCAAAUUGUGGAACACUGUCAAGUGGGUUUGCUCUCAAUCUUUUCAGCUUUCCUCCUGUCUCAUAAUUUUUUUUCCCCUUAAGAUCUUGUUCAUGCUGUCUCCAUUUUUCUUCGGGAGGGUUUUUAGGCUUUUUCGACUUUCUUCUUCACAAGUGUGGAGAGACAGAUAGGAGUCGCCAAUGGCUUCCUUCCUUGUCCAGCUGCCUUAUGUCCUUAUUUAAUGUGUAUAAUGAAAUUUAACCAAUUCAAAUUCCCGCA